CGUUGGGCAACCCUGUCUUGCCCGCCACAAUCAUUUGCUGGAACUCUAUUCAAUAACCCAUGGGCACAUCUUCUAUUGGCUCUGCCCUGUGUGGCCAUUGCACUAUUCUUCUUCCUCAUUGUGUGCUUUGGAUGUCUGUCCUUUAGAUCGUUUCACGUACUACAAGUCUCGACUUUCUAGACAUAUAGUAUCUUUUAUCUCACCCACUCUUACUCACUCAACAUACUUUACUGACAGAGGCCAAUUAUGGAAGUACAUGUUGAAUCCGAGACAAUGCUACAAACUGCGGUCGAAAAUUCCCUCCUCUCCUCCUCUGGAUCUACCUCAAGUGUCAAUGUGGUGCCCAUCCCAGCCGCUCUAAUCGAUACAACCUUCUCCAGCUCCACCAACCUGUCCACUUCAGUCCUGGGAGCCUCCAUUGUGUCGGUGUCGGACGAGUACUUUGCCGCAGCCUCCAACCUCCUCACGCCAGGCCCAUCAGUUCGUAAAGCAGGAUACUUUGUACACACCGGUGCAUGGUAUGAUGGCUGGGAGACAAGAAGACAUAAUCAAAAAGAGUAUGAUUGGGCGGUCAUCAAGCUGGGGGCACCUGGCAUCAUCGAUGCCUUCGAAGUGGACACAGCCCAUUUCAAUGGCAACGAAGCACCCUUUGCAGGCGUCGACGGUGCCUUUUUGACAGAAGAACAAGAGAAGGACAGUGGAGUGGACAAGGAAGGUUACACAGGUUGGACUGAGCUUCUGCCCCCGAGUAAAUGUGGUCCUAGCCAAAGACAGGCAUGGAAGGUGUCAGGGCCCAAUGUCACUGGCAAACAAUACACACAUCUUCGACUCAAACAAUAUCCCGAUGGUGGGAUUGCGAGGUUUCGAACAUUUGGAACCGUCGUUCCUCCCCCGUUACCAGCAAGUGCUGCGGUGGCUGGUGCGGAACGACCUGUGGAGGAUCUAGCCGCUGCUCUGAAUGGAGGAGUGGCUAUUGAGUGCUCGGAUCAACAUUUCGGAGGCAAAGCAUACCUAAUACUCCCUGGGCGAGGAAAGGACAUGGGUGAUGGAUGGGAAACAGCCAGAAGUCGAGUGCCAGGUCAUGUGGACUGGGCCAUUAUCAGGCUGGGACUGAAGGGAAGAACGAUCUCACAGGUCGUGGUUGACACCAAAGACUUUCGCGGGAACUUUCCUCGUGCCGUCAAGGUAGAGGCUUGGGCCACCGAGGUCGCCAAAGCUGCAUUGGGCACCGAGAGCGAUCCCAAGUUUGAUGCAGCAGGGUGGGUUGCCUUGAUUCCUGGUGAGCAGGCCACCAAGGCCGACACCGAACAUGUGUUUGAGGGGCAAGGAUUGGCAGUUCAGAAUCCACCAGAGGGAUGUGUCUGGACGCAUGUGAAGCUGACCAUUAUUCCUGAUGGUGGUGUCAAGAGAUUGAGGAUAUUCGGCAAGCGAGCAUAGAGCACCUCAGGGAGAGAGAAGCUCUGCUCUGCGAUGGAACAGGAACACAUUUGCGACUUAUGCUGCAUGAGACGGGUCCAGGGCUGGGGAUAGACAAAGCUCUACUAAUAUCAAAUAGUUAAAACACAGCAUACCCUCAUCAAAAGCUGUCCGCCAAGCAUUCAGCAAACAGUGAACUCGACUAUGCGUACGCG